AGGCUGACCCGGAGCCUACCCAUGAGGCAGCGCGCUGGCUGCACGAGAGCCCCCCCUUUCCCCGGCUCAGCUGCCGGCUCCGCAAUGGGAGCCGCCACUGUCGCCGCAGUGUAGUUUUCCGUGCUCCUCCUUUUCCUCCUCCUCUUUCUCCUCCUCCUCAGGGCUCCAGUCAGGCCGAUCCGCUCCGCUCACGGAAGGAAAACUGAGACGUAACUUGCUGCCUUGUCUGGAGUCACAUGUACUUAGGUGACAAUUUACAGAAAGUCAACUCUGCAACUUGAUGGGCGACAACCCUUUUCAACCAAAGAAUAAUUCAAAAAUGGCAGAACUCUUUAUGGAAUGUGAAGAAGAAGAGCUGGAACCAUGGCAGAAGAAAGUAAAAGAGGUUGAGGAUGAUGACGAUGAUGAGCCCAUCUUUGUUGGAGAGAUAUCAAGUUCAAAACCAGCAAUUUCAAAUAUUUUGAACAGAGUUAACCCCAGCUCAUAUUCAAGGGGACUAAAGAAUGGUGCACUCAGUCGAGGUAUUACUGCUGCAUUCAAGCCUACAAGUCAACCCUACAUGAAUCCAACAUCAAAUCCAGUGACUGCCUCGCCAGUAAACUUUCGUCCUGAAUCUAGAUCUUCAGAUAGUUCUGUUAUUGUUCAGCCUUUUUCUAAACCUGGUUAUAUAAUGAACUCAUCACGAGUUGUAUGUAAUAAGUCUUCAGAGUUACUGUUUGACUUGACCCAAGAUACAGGAUUAUCACAUUACCAAGGGGGACCAACACUUUCUAUAGCAGGUAUGAAUGAAAGUUCGUUUUUAUCUAAACGUCCUUCUACUUCUGAAGUAAAUAGUGUUAAUCCAAAAAAGCCUAAGCCCAGUGAAAGUGUUUCUGGAACAAAUUCCCUAGCUGUAUGCCCUUCAGUAAAAUCUCCUUCAGUGACAUCUUCCCAGGUGGUGCCUCCAAAAGGUGCAAAUUCCUCAUCAAAUCAAUCUAAAAAUGGAACACCUUUUCCAAGAGCUUGUCCAAAGUGUAAUAUUCAUUUCAAUCUUCUGGAUCCUUUGAAAAAUCACAUGAAGUAUUGUUGUCCAGACAUGAUAAAUAACUUUUUGGGACUGGCUAAAACAGAAUUUUCAAGUACAGCAAAUAAAAAUACAACUAUUGAUUCAGAGAAAGGAAAAUUGAUCAUGUUAGUUAAUGACUUCUAUUAUGGAAAACAUGAAGGAGAUGUCCAGGAAGAACAGAAGACUCACACAACAUUUAAAUGCUUCAGUUGCUUGAAAGUUCUAAAAAAUAAUAUUAGGUUUAUGAACCACAUGAAACACCAUUUGGAACUUGAGAAGCAGAGCAGUGAGAGCUGGGAAAACCACACCACCUGCCAGCACUGCUACCGCCAGUUUCCCACACCAUUUCAGCUGCAGUGUCACAUUGAAAGUACACAUACCCCUGUUGAAUUUUCUACCAUUUGUAAAAUCUGUGAGUUAUCAUUUGAAACAGAACAUGUUCUUUUACAACAUAUGAAGGACAAUCAUAAACCUGGUGAAAUGCCAUAUAUCUGCCAGGUUUGCAAUUUUAGAUCUUCAUCAUUUUCUGAUGUUGAAACUCAUUUUAGAACAUCCCAUGAAAACACUAAGAACUUGCUAUGUCCAUUUUGCCUCAAAGUUAUUAAGAUUGCAACACCCUAUAUGCAUCAUUAUAUGAAGCAUCAGAAAAAAGGAAUACAUCGUUGUACAAAAUGCAGACUACAGUUUUUGACAUGCAAGGAGAAAAUGGAUCAUAAGACUCAGCAUCAUCGAACAUUUAUAAAACCUAAAGAAUUAGAAGGAUUGCCUCCUGGAACAAAAGUGACUAUUCGAGCUUCAGUUGGACCUCUUCAAUCAGGAACUUCACCUACACCUUCCAAUAGUGCAAGCUCUUCAACCCUUCAGCUUUCACCUCCAAGGACUAAAAAUAUAACUACUAAAAGCCCCACAAAAUCUGAUACAAGUAAACCUAAUACAACCAAAUCCAGUCCAAGUAAACCUAGUGCAAGUAAGCCCAAUGGAAAUAAACCUAAAUACAAAUCAAAAAUCUCCAAUAUGCAAAAGAAACAAAGUACAUUGGCUAAUAGCAAUAAAAAGAGUAAAGUCAAUACAGCAUUGAGGAAUUUAAGGUAUCGUCGGGGCGUUCACAAGUGCAUUGAGUGUUGUUCCGAAAUAAAAGAUUUUGCAAACCACUUUCCUACAUAUGUCCACUGUAGUUUUUGCAGAUACAACACUAGCUGUAGCAAAGCCUAUGUAAAUCAUAUGAUGAGCUUUCAUAGUAACCGUCCAAGUAAAAGGUUUUGUAUUUUUAAGAAGCAUUCAGAAGAUCUCAGGGGCAUUACUCUAGUGUGCCUUAAUUGUGAUUUCAUAACUGAUGUUUCUGGCUUAGAUAAUAUGGCUAAACACUUAAGUCAACAUGAAACUCAUGCUUGCCAAGUUGUACUAGAGAAAGUUUCUGUUUGUAUCCCAACUUCUGAACACCUUUCUGAAUGCAGAAGCAGCCCAGAGAUUUCAAAAAAUGUCCAGGGUUCACCUGGACAGUGUCCCCCUUCGAUGGACACAACUGAUGCCUGUUCUCUCUUUCCAAGGAAUGUGAAUAAUUUGACUGUGGGACCUGCUCUAGGUUAUGGCCUCAAGAAAUCAGAUCUUGGGGAGACUCCCUUCCUACACUGCUGGCCUCCCAUAAGGCUAAUGCUGAUUUGGCCAGAGAUGGCCUCAAGGCCUACCAAACUGAGCACACUUCCCACUGGGGGCUUUGGCUCAUGACCUUAAGCUUAUGAGUCAUUUAUGAACAAGAAAAGCCCAUCAAAUCAAUGCUUCAACAUCCAAGUUGAAGUUUAGUCAUUUUGGCUGCUGCCCUUAAAUCUUUCUCUAGCAUGAAUGCAGUCCAAGGAAUAUAAAAAUUCUGGUUGUUAGGAAACCAUAGCUACUUUCUUAUCCUUGGAACAACAGGGCUCUACCAUUAUGUUCCAAAAUUGCAGUUAUUUUUACUGACAUUUAAAAUAUAUUAAACAGUAUUAAGUCUAUAAUUUUUCAACAAUACCAAUUCUCAGAUUUUGAUUUUUAAAUAUUUUAAUUUAAUUUUAAUAGCUUGGUUUUAUGUUCUCUAAAUUUAUUGAUGUCUAUUUUAUGAUGUCUGUUUUUAUAUUCUUUAAAAUUUGUUUAGUGUUUGCUUUGUUUUGUUAAGAACUCCAAGAGAUUCUUCAGAAUUUGCUACAGAUUUCAUAUAGCUGCCUAUUAUGUGUAGCAUUUUAAUUUGGCUGUUACUCAGAUCAUUGUUAUAUCCUCUAUCCUAUCAGGAUUAUUAUUAUAAUCUUAAUUGUGAGUUCUGAGGUGUAAAGAAUUGGCAAAACUUCCUUUUGCAGACCUUAAAAACAAAUUUUAAAGUUAUAUAUUUGUACAUCUAAUAUGUAAUAUCUAUUUGGCUAUUAAUGUAGUUCCUUUUGGUAAAGGUAACAUAUUAAAAAAAUAUGUAUGUGGUAACCAAUAAUGCAUGUGUUUCUUUCCUAUAUAUAUUUUAAAUUUGCCAUUUGUUUAUUUUAGUUUCAUUGAAUAUAGAUCUAAACAUUUUUGACACUAUUCUUUUCUUUUAAUAAAAAAUUGUGAAGUGCCUCAGGAAUUACUUGCUAAUGAAUAAAGGCUAUAGAUAUCCUAUAAAUAGGAGCAUUGCUUUAAUUGUCAUAUGGAAGCCUUGUUACUUGGCUUGCAGACGGAUAGCUAUAUCGACUUAGUAGACCGUGCAUUUUUUCUUCUUGCACAAUUAAAAGGUUACUAUUUAUACCAUACUAAUUUCCCAAAUUUUAAAGAUUAGCAAAAUACCUUUUGUGGUCUUAAUCGAUAAGAGUAGGCAGGCUCUGAGAUAAUGACUCAAUGUGGUUUUUUUACUCUCAAAUCAGAACUUUUUUAAUUUGUAUCUUAAAACAAAUUUAAAGCCAAUUUAUAUGUCCAUUUAGUAUGUAAUGCGUUCCUUGCAAUUUAUAAUAAAAAAGUUGAAUCUAUUAGUUUUACAUUUCCAAACUAAUUUUAUAUUGUAAUUGGAAAAUUUUCCAAAAUCUCCAAAAGUGGCUUGCUUUUUAGUAGUGGACUUAGUGAUAUGCUAGUCUUUUUUUCCUUAUCUAUCUCAGAGAGGAAUUUUUGUUAUCUGCCCUCUUUCUACCCAAUUUUUAAAAAUUUUGCCAAGAAAUAGCAACUUCUUUCCAUUUUUAACAUUAGCAGUAUAGGAGUACAGUCGGCCCAAUAUAUCCUCGUGUUUUUUAUCCUCAGAUUCAGGCAACCACAAAUCAAAAAUAUUUGGAAAACUAAAACAAUAAAAAACAAUACAACAAUAAAAAUACAAAUAAAACUACAGUAUAAUAAUUACUUACAUAGCAUUUACAUUAUAUUGGUUAAGUAAUCUAAUAUGGGAGGAUGUGCAGGGGUGGAGUUGGGGUGAGGUAGUCCUAAGAGGGUGUGGCCAAUGAUGUGGGAGGAAAACCAGGGGAGUGGUAGUGUUCUUAGAGCCUCAGGGAGCCUAUUUAUAAAAUUUGGGUGCUAACUUGUUCUAGGAUUGUGGGGUUCUGUUAUUCGAUACUGGUUGUACCUAAAUAUCAUAAUUUAUUCUUAUGAGAAGAUGAAUUUAGAAUGCCACAAAACUCCAGUAGCAGAAAGAGUGACUCGACGUUGAGAAAAUUUAAUGCUCACAUUACUCCUAGGCAUGUUUAAUUCUCUUCAUGUACCUUUGUAAAAGAAAUUCUCUUGGAUUUCUAUAAAAGAGGGUAACUAGGUCAGUGCUUCCCAAAUUCUGUACUGUAGAACUAAUGUCCCUAAUUUAUAAACAGUCUUGGGAAAAAAGUUUCCAUGGUCAGAUAAGUUUAGGAAAUGCAAGUUAAACAGAUUCUUCAAUAUGGGAUUUUUUCAUGCUGUAUGUGGCCUGUGAAUAUCUAAGAAUAUUUAUUUGACCUUAGAAUUUUUUUCUUCCAAUACUUAUUAACUUCUUGACAUUAAUCUCCAUAGAAUAGUGUGUAUAAUGCUGAUCUAUAUUUAUCAUUUUUCAUAUUUUCUUAAUUGGGAAAUAAAAGUAGUUAUGUAGAGUAUUGACUACAAAGGACUAGACAUUUCAUUCAUGUACAUGAAUCAUUUGUAAGGUAGAGUUUAUAAUUAUUAGUAGAUUCCAGCAAGUACAUAUUUAUAUUUUUAGAAAUUAUAUUAGGAAAAAUGAUAUUAUUAUGUUUGUAAACUCUAAGAAGUACAUAACAGAGACAGACCAGUUAUUAGCCUAUUCUGCCUUGGAUUCUAGCAGCAAGGUAUAUUUUUGUUGGAGAGUAUGGUCACCUGACAUGAUUUCACACUAGUAAGCUUAAGAUUCUCUCAUAAUUAUUUCUAGCUUCUCCCUGUAACUCCUUAUGCUUAGCUUAUCAAUCUACCCACUUACCUACUUUGUUGAGACUAUUACUAUUCGAGCCUUUUAUUAGCUGUUAAGUUUCUUAUUUCUUAAAUGGCUUCAGGUGGUCUUCCUUUAUACUAAGAUUAGGAGAUUUAAUGCCCAGCUGCACAGUAUGCUCCCUCAGACCCUUACUGGAACAGCGUGAUAGGGUGGGCAGAGAACACAGGCUCUGUACCUGAUGGCCUAGUUUGGCUUUCUGCACUGCUCCUUACUAGGUGUAUGUGACUUUGGGUGGUUAUCUGACCUCUUGUGUCUCAAUUCUUCAUUUGCAAAAUGCAGAUAACAAAAGUACCUACUCAUAAGAUGUUGAAGUAAUUAGAGGAGUUAAUAUGUGCAGAUAGUACUUGGAAAAUAAUUGACACAUAGGAAAGACCAUACAAGUAUAAAAUUAUUAUUAUUAUACUACUACUCUUCAUGAUUUUAUUUCUGCCCACAUAUUAUUGAAAUGGAAUUACUCCAAUCUUCAUCUAUUUUUUACUUUAACUUUCCCAUAUAAAUCAUUUCUGUUAACUUUCUUUUCCUAACCCAGUAUAUCUUUCUUUAGAGUUUUUAUUGUAUCACAUAUUAGUCUUACCUUUAGAUUUUUGGUGUAUAAAGCUCAUUAAACUUACAUUUUUAGGAAAUGUCUGUGAAGACUUCUAGGUUCAUUUUAGCCAUAACUGUCUUAUAAAUAGUAUCCAUAUUUUCCCCUAUGUUAGACUGCCCAUGCUUGACUACAUUAUGGUUCAUCUCAUACUUUCAGCUCACUUCUCUGAUUUUGAGAUCCUUCUGCAGUCUCACUCUUGUCACUUAAGUAUUUGACCCCAUGGAAAAGCUUACUGUCAUCUGCAAACUUGGAGAGGCUACUGUACAUCUCGUUUUCUAUAUCAUUUACUAAAAUAUAGGAUCCCACUGUUUUUAAUCUUCUACACUGAAAAAUAUGUUUAUUCAUACCAUUGUGAAGUAUGGUGUUGUGAAAGGAGUGCAGCUUUGAAAUAAGGUAGUCCAAGAUUUACUAGUUUUGUGUCUAACCAGCUCUGUAGCCUUGAAUAAAUUACUUAAUCUUGUAAACCUCAGCUUCCUCAUCACUGAAAGAUAUAUAGUAAUUCCUUGCAGGGUAGCAGUAAGAAAUAGAGAUAAGGUAUCAAAAUUAAUUAAAUUAUUAAUCUAAAUACAUUUAUUUAAUUUAGCUAAAUAUUUAAAUUACUUGGCACUGUCCUUACACAAAGUAGGCACUCAAUAAAUGCACAUGCAUUUAUUGUUGUCAGCAGGUUGUUGUUACUGCUGCUGCUACUACCACCACUAUUACUGUUACUGCUGCUGCUAUUGCAGCUGUUAUUUCUGCUGUUACUACUGUUUUUACCUCUACUUCCUAAUGACAGGAGGCCUGAGAACUACUUAUCAGUGAAAUCUUCCCAUUAUUGACUAUUUUAGUGGCAAUACAUCUACAUUGUGGUUAUUUGUAAUUUUGUCUUAAGAGUUCACAAGUCUUGGAGUACAUUCCUCCAGACUGCUGGGUGGAUGGCAUCUUAUUACAGUGCUUUAAUUGAAUCUAAUGUCAGAAUUGAGUGUAAUUUUGGCUUUUCCUAUCUAAAGGCUAUGAACCAACACUGCCCUGUUGAAAACUAAUACAGAAUUCUCUCUGUUUAAAAGGAAAACAUUUCUUUUUAGCUUAUUUAGCUUCUCUUCUCAGAGAAGAAUCCCUUUUUUAAAGAAAACUUUUUAUUAAUUAUUACCAGGCAUUUAUUUCCAGAAAUCUUGGCUACUUAUUCAAUACUACUUAUGAAAAUGUGUUAUUGCACUAGUUAGCAAUAGUCAUGUAGCUGUUUCUUUUGUAGAACUUUGAAAUGAUUUUUUAAAAACUUGCCUUUCUCAGAUGUUAGAGAUGUUGUAACUCAAUCAUGAAACUGCUCUCUUCUGUUUCCCUCUUAUCUCUAUUUCCCUCCUCCGCUAUUCUCUCCAGUAUAUCUGCCUGGAUAAAUUAAUUAUAACAUAGAAUAGAAGUAAAGAUUUUGUAAGCUUCUUUUUCUUGACAAAAAGUUGAGAAUAGAUAAUUCCCUGUAGCACAUCUUCAGAGCAUAAGAAUCCAUAGUAAAUUCAUAACUCAAGCUUGGAAAACUAGGCUACUUAGCCAGUUGUCUGUUUUUGUUUUUUUUUUUUUUUAUUGAACAAAUGUUCCAAAAUCCACAAUUUGAAGUGAUUUUAAAAUUUCAUUUAGUUUUCUGAGUGACUUCCAAAUUUGUUCUAAGCAAAAUACGAUGGAAAGGGCAUUGACUGGAGUCAGAAUGUUAAAAGUUCAGGACCCAGUUGUCUCACUAACUUUAUGGUAAAGUUACUUCAGUUCUUCACCUAUGACAUAGUAUUGAAAAUAAUCUUUGUUUUGAAGAUUUAAAAGAGAUGCAGCAUGAAUACAAUAUAGUAUGUGUAUACAAUAUGAUGUAUAUAUGAUGAAAAUGUGUAUUAUACUUUAUUAAGUAUACUUUAUUAAGCCCCCUAAUUUAAAGAGUACUGGGAAGAAAUGAAAAUGGAAAACUGACAUUUCUUGAAACUGUGGGUUCCUCUGUCUUAUUUCAUAGUGGAUAAAAGAGAUACUAAGUUUUAUACUUGGCACGAUACUAACUACAUGGCUCUUGCAUAGUAUAUAUAGAUAACUCUUCCAUAUAUUCCUUGACGCUGAAUAUUGAUACUCUAUGUCCACAACACUGUGUCAGGUAUUGGAAAUGAAAACAUAGAUGUGGUUCAUGCCACCAAGGUAAUUACAGAAUAAGGGAGCCAGAAAUGUAGACACCGAAUCCACAUUUUCACAGAGCCAGCCAGUCAAUUGAUUUACUUCCCCCCUCCCUUUUGUUGUUGUUGUUGAGACAGAGUGUCACUCAGUGUUCCUGGGUAGAGUGCAGUGAUUGUAAUCACCUCAAGCUCCAGGUCCUGGACUGUGAGUGAUCCUUCUGCCUCAGCCUCCCAGGUAGCUGGGACUACAGGUGCACGCCACAAUGCCCGGCUGGGUUUU